UCCUUCAUCAAGAAAACGGUGGCAAAAAUGGUGUCACCAUUUUGGAAAGUGGAGCACCAAUGAUUUAAACAUUAAUCAUCUAAAUUAUUCCCUUUCUCAACGAGGACUUUUUCUAGGUUUCGAACCUUACCUUUUGAUAAAUAAAAUCCACUUAAAGUCUUAUUGCUUGUCGUUGAGCCAACGCCUUCUUGGUAAGUUGGUCCUUCCUCUUUACUCAAGAAAGAGAAAUUAGUCUAUAAAAAGAACGGAAAGGGAGAGGCUAGGCAUAUAUCCAGGCUUUUUUCAAAGUCAGAUAGAGUUAAACUUGGCUUUUUAUCUCAUUGCGCUGCCCAUAAUGCUUUUGUCUGUAUUCGGUUUCGACUCACACCGAAGCCUUUGAACAAAUCAGAAACGAAAUCAAAUUAAGGAAAGAGCAGGGGGAGAGAGAGGAAACCAGUAAACUAAUUAAAGAUGAAGAUUUUGUGUGAUGUGUGCGACAAAGAAGAAGCCAUAGUCUUCUGCUCUGCUGAUGAAGCUGCUCUUUGUGAAGGCUGUGAUCGUCGCGUUCACUAUGCAAACAAGCUUGCUAGAAAACACUCUCGUUUCUCUCUUCUCCAUCCUUCAUUCAAAGAAUCCCCACUUUGUGACAUUUGUCAGGAGAGACGUGCAUUUCUUUUUUGUCAACAAGAUAGAGCAAUUCUUUGUAGAGAAUGUGACCUUCCAAUUCAUAGAGCCAAUGAACAUACCCUGAAACAUAACAGGUUUCUUCUCACGGGUGACAAGCUCUCUUCUUCUUCCCAAUCUUUAAACCCAACUUCAUCUUCCUCUAAUGGCUGUGCUGCGACUAUUGACUCUGAGACUAAAAGUACUUCCCAGUCUUCCAAGAGAUUCCGUUCAGUUUCUAAUAAUGAAAACUUCAUCUCUCCUUCAAUUGAGAGACCAUUGCCUUCGACAACUUACAGGGUUGAAGAUAAUUACACUAGUGACAAUGCUUCGAUUUCAACUAUCAGUAUAUCAGAGUACUUGAUGGAGACGUUACCGGGUUGGCGCGUGGACGAUUUUCUUGAGCCUUCAUCUGCUGCCAAUGGUUUCUGUAAGGUUUAUAUCUAGAAUUAAGAUUCAGAUAGAGCCUUUUUGGUGGUUGUGACCUUAUCAAGGACCUUUUCUAUAAUGUUUUGUUUAUGGGAUUUCUUUCAUGCAGACUUUUGAGCAACUAUUACCUUUGAAAGGACAAAAUUUUGAGAAUAAUCUAAGUUCUUUUUCAUCUGAAGCAAUUAGGGUAUCGGGUUUUUUCCUCCUCAAUCCACUCAGCUUUGUUCUUUUUAUUCCUUGAAAUGGUUUGAUAGAUGGAUCCAAGAAGUUGAGAGAGGCAAAGGUUUUGAAUUUUGGCUGUGGAUGGAACGAUGAUGAAAAUUUUUUAGUUCCUCAAAUCAGCUCUUCCUCUCUUAAGAGAUCAAGACGAUUUCGGAAAAAAAAUCCGUGUUCAAGCUGGA